GUUUCUGACUCCUUGACUGUGUGAAGUAGACGUCAUCAUAACCUUUUUAAUUUCUGAUGAUAAAACUUUUCAAUUUAAAUUAUUUAUAAACAGUUAUGUAAUAUACAUAUAUAUGCAUAUAUAUAUAUAUAUUAUUUUAAUAAUUAAAAACAUUUGUAUUUAAUUAGCAAUUAGCUAUAUUCUAAACCCUCCAUAAUAAUAAUUAAAAUUGUAGUGGUUUCUUGUGUAGAAAACAUUUUAUAGCCUUAAAAGUGAGAAAAAGCAACCGCUAUAUAUUCAAUACAAAUAUGUUACAAAAUAUAUUUGAUGAUUUGAAGCGAAUGAAUAAACGUCAAGUAAGAUGGCUAUUUAUACAUCUUGUAUUAAAAAGAUUUUGAUGAGUAAUUUUAGUUGAUUUUGGAUUCAGUCCAAAUUGAUCAGGAAUAUCAUUUUAUUUACCUGCGAUAAUUAAUACAUUUUCAUUCAUACUUACAAACACAUGUUUCGAUGUUUGUCUCUCUAAAAAUUGUAAACAAAUGUUCUUGUAUCAAUUUCUAAGUUUUGGUAUGAUAGUAUCAUCUGCUUUAAUGAUCUGGAAAGGACUGAUGGUUGUAACGGGUAGCGAAAGUCCAAUUGUUGUGGUUCUAAGCGGAAGUAUGGAGCCAGCAUUCCACCGAGGUGACUUACUGUUCUUAACCAACUAUGAAAAUGAACCUGUAAGGGUAGGCGAAAUAGUUGUUUUCAAAGUUGAAGGUCGUGAUAUACCAAUUGUUCACCGAGUCAUGAAGUUGCAUGAAAAGGAAGGAUAUAAUAGUACAGUAAAGUUUUUAACCAAAGGUGACAAUAAUUCAGUUGAUGAUAGAGGACUCUACGCACCUGGUCAAUUAUGGUUAACUAAUGAUGAUGUCGUUGGAAGAGCUCGAGGAUUCUUGCCCUAUGUCGGCAUGGUCACAAUAUAUAUGAAUGAAUACCCUAAAUUUAAAUAUGCCAUUCUCGCAUGUCUUGGAUUAUAUGUUUUAAUACACAGGGAGUAAAAGAAAAGAACAUGAAAAUAUUUCUCGAUAUUCAUUUAUUCAUUAAGUAUGAUUUGUAAAAUAUUGACUUCAGAACAUAAAAACAUGAUUCUAAAUA